AUGACAGCUCAAAGCUGUCCACGUCAACACUGUAGCACAGACAUGGACUCAGUGGCUCUGGAACCUUCACUGUAUACUGUGAAGGCUAUCUUCAUCUUGGACAGUGAUGGAAACAGACUGCUCUCAAAGUACUAUGACACCGAGCUCUACCCCUCCAUGAAGGAACAGAAGAACUUUGAGAGGAAUGUCUUCAAUAAGACGCAUAAGGCAGACAAUGAGAUUGCUUUUCUGGAAGGAAUGACCAUCGUAUAUAAAAGCAGCAUAGACCUUUUCUUCUACGUCGUGGGGAGCGCACAGGAGAACGAGCUCAUGUUAAUGGCUGUGCUCAACUGUCUGUUUGAAUCUCUCAGUCAGAUUUUGAGGAAGAACGUGGAGAGGAGGUGCCUCCUGGACAACCUUGACGGAGUCUUUCUGGUGGUGGAUGAGAUCAUCGACGGAGGGGUGAUCCUGGAAAGUGACCCACAACAGGUCGUGGAGAAGGUCAAUUACAGGGCUGAUGACAACCCUUUAUCAGAGCAGAGUGUGGCCCAGCACAUCACAGAGAAACUGGCCCUAACUUCCACUGUUAUACAGUCGGCAAAGGAGCAAAUAAAGUGGUCAAUACUGAAGUAGUCCGCUCUACUGCCAGAUGGGAGUUACGAAUUUUUAAAAGGGAACCAUAAUACCAUUACUAUUAGUGCAAGCUAUGCAGCUAUAUUUUCUUUAAUACAACUAAUAGUGGCAAUAGUGCGUGUUUUCAGAGUCGUGUUGUGAUUAUUGAAGAAUUUUGUAGUUAUUUAUUUUUUUGGUGGGGGGAGGGUCAAUGUAAUUUAUUUUACUAGUUUUGAGUAUGAAAGCUGAAUUAGACGAACGUUUGCUCUGCAUUGUGUCCAUCCCUCUUAAAAUCGGAGUUAAAUAAAGCCUUAGAUAGACCGAGUUACACAUUGUGUUAAAGUGCGAAUAUUCUUCACGAAGUAGACCACUUUUAUUUUUUGUGCUUUGAAAUAAGAUGUAUCCAAACGAUUGAAGUUCUUUUGUAUGCUGAAGAUUUAGAAGUAUAAGUAAAAUACACUAUACUAUGACAGAAUAAAGUCAUGGAUGCAUUAAACAAACAAACAAA